UGCAUGUUUGAUGAUAGAUACAAUCUUAUGAUAAAUCGAGUUCGAUAGAACUUGUUACAAAUGGUUAAGCUGAGUUAAACUUAUCCCAAAAUGAAGUCGUUUUUGUUUCUUGCAAUGUUCAUAUCAGUCUUUAGCGGACUUCAGGCUAGUGGGUCUCAAAUUUGCAGUUAUUACUCGGGCAAAAGUGAUCCGGAUAUACAAAAAAUAGAGAAAUCUAUUUCUGCGACAUCUAACGACAAUUUGGACAGCGAUGCGAUUGUAAUAUGCGAUGCAGACAAAUCAGUGGCAUGUUAUGCAAUGUUUACAUCGACGCAUAAAAAGAUAGAGAUCAUUUCGGCCGGGUGUCUUACCAUGAAUGCAUCGAGUGCAAAUAGCAUAGGAGCAACUUGUGCGAACGAGAACUGCACGGCUCUGUCCAGUCAUUUGGUUGGCGAAAGUGACAGUGAUAGAAACAAAUCAAGAAUCGGUUUUUGCUGCUGUUCGACUAGACUGUGCAACCAGAUAAUCACGAAACCCAUUGUGCGCAAAGCAGUUCCAGUGCCAGUUUAUGAACUAGAAACAAAGCCAACUGUCCGUGAGUCGAAAGACAGAAUGGGGUACGUAAUCGUCAUCCUUGCAAUCGCAUCUCUCUUAGUCAUAGCUGCCAUCCUCCUUUUCCUCACCAUGCGUCACCUACAUCGCAAAGUGUUCACUCCCUUCUGUCCCUGUAGUACCCGUGAGUCGCGUGGAGUUGUGGACGGGUUCCAGUGCGAAGAACAUAGAGUAGUUAUGGAGCUCGGAACAAUCGGUGAUGGGACAUACAUCGAUAAAGACGGAACCUCGAAAAUAGCUCCGAGUCAGUCUAGUUCAAGAAAUGUAGUGGAUAACAGUAAUUUGAAACUGAUGAAACUUAUCGGUCAAGGACGCUAUGGAACUGUGUGGCAUGCUCUGAUGCGAGAUUCAGAACAAGAAGUGGCCGUUAAGUUGUACAAGAGCGAGCAUAAACUGUACUUCAACAACGAAUUGAAUAUUUAUCAAGUGCCGCUCAUGCAGCAUCCAAAUAUCGUCAGUUUCAUUGCAGGCUCGUGGCGAUUGAACGAGGAGUGUGGUGUGAACGAGUACAUGUUGGUGAUGGACUACAUACCCAAUGGGUCUCUGGCAUGCUUCCUCGCCCACAACCACUUCACUUUCGCACCCAUGGUCCAACUGGCUCUCUCGGCUGCCAGGGGACUGGCAUAUCUGCAUUCGGAGAUCACACAGGCCGGUGCUAGGAAACCAGCUAUUGUGCACAGAGAUUUCAACUCGAGGAAUAUUCUUGUUAAGCGUGAUGGAACUUGUGCAGUGAGUGAUCUUGGAUUUGCCCAGAAGGUGUCUGGGGCUGAUCUUUAUGGCUACACGACCAGCCUCAUCCCCGAUGUGGGCACCCUCAGAUACAUGCCACCUGAGGUAUUGGAAGGUUCUGUCGAUCUGAACAAGUGCGAGAGUGCUCUGAAACAGAUAGACGUCUAUGCAUUAGCACUGGUCCUGUGGGAAAUCAGUUCACGCUGUGAUGAGUUGUACAGGGGCUAUCCGACUGUGAGGUCACCUGAGUUUAAACUACCCUUUGAGGAGGAGCUGGGAAAGAGUCUGAAGUUUGAUGAGAUGCGAGAUCUGGUGUCCGUUCAGCAGAGGAGACCAGUCUUCCCCUCAGGCUGGGCUAGGGAGUGGAGUGGGGUGAAGUGUAUUGUGGACACUGUGGUGGAGUCGUGGGAUCAGGACUCCGAGGCCAGACUCACUGCCGCGUGUGUCGUCUCCAGACUCAACACUCUGCCCGUAUUGUGGUCGGAAGCUGCAGAAACAUUUCAUGAUGUACAUGACUCACCUGCAGAUGUUGUCACUGCCAACCAAUCGAGCACCCUUCCCAUGAGCCCAUCUGACGCCGAGCACAAUUUCAGUGGCGAUCAGUCGUCUCUAGCAAUUGAAGUUUCAAUGAAUGAAUUGCACGCAAUAGAGUUACCCGAACCUCAGGAUCUAUCAUCAAUCGCGUGAAAAAAAACUAACCCCAAUAAGUUAAAUUAUUGUUUUCAUAUUUUGUAUAUCAUUCGAUUUUGAACGUAGUAGAUAGAAAUUUGCAAUUCAUUUUUCGUAGUUAAAAUAUUUGUCAAAUGAGUGAA